AUGGUUCUGGCUGAGUCUCUCGUCGGCGGCUCGGGCUCCUCGCAGCUCGACAUCACGGGUGGCACUCAGCAGGCCCCAAAUUCUGUCCUCCGGGUGAUUAUUGAAAAUAUGAUGGUGCCAGUGACGCUUGACAUACUAUAUGAGAUUUUUCAUCGAUUCGGCAAAGUGCUCAGGAUUAUUACGUUCAACAAAAACAAUACUUUCCAAGCCCUCGUCCAGCUAAGUGAGGCCAGGGCGGCGCAGUUGGCGCGACAGGCGCUUGAUAAUCAGCCAUUCAACACCUCGGACAAGAUCAAAUGGAAUGAGAAGGUGAUUCGCGUCGCUGCUUCAAAGCAUACUACGGUUCAGAUGCCAAAGGAAGGCCAACCGGACGCCGGACUCACCCGCGACUACGCCCACUCACCCCUGCACCGCUUCAAGAAGCCGGGCAGCAAGAACUACAUGAACAUCUACCCACCAUCAUCCACCCUCCAUCUAUCAAACAUCCCGCCCACCAUCACCGAGGAGUUCCUCGCCCAGGCGUUUACUGAUAAUGGAUACACGCCCAAGGCGUUCAAGUUUUUCCUG